AUGCUGCCAGCCGCCGGGAGCCCGCCGCGGGGUCGGCUGGACAAGGGCGCGGGCGCGGGCCGCUGGGUCAGCCGGCCGGCGGUGCGCAGCUCGCGGGGGAGGGGAGGGGCCGGGGCGGCUGGCGGCCGCGGGGCGAGGACGAGGCGGCGCGGCGCGGGCCCGGCUGCCUGGCGCGCCCCCGCUCUCCCUGCGCGCUCCCGGCCCGCCGCGCCCCCCGGCGGGCCGCCUUCAAAGACGCAAACACCGCCUCGCUUCUUGGGACCCGGGAGGCCCGAGGUUUGCUCGGACAGCGAAGCCUGUCGCCGGCCGCGCCCGCGGGUCUUGUUCCCCUCCGCCCCUAGCCUCAGCUGCAAGCGCUGGAGGCGGCCGCGCCCCUGGUGGGAGUUGGGGUGGGGAGAAGGGAAGGGGCUGCGCGCCCUCGAUCACGAAUCGAUUUUUCACAGAGGGUCGUCAGUGACCCAAGGGCUGCUGGCGUUUGCUAUCCUUUCCGAGUUUCGGGUUUCAGUGGGUCAGGUUCUGGCAGGAAUUAGUGAUCCGCUUCCCAGCAAGAGUUUCAUUAACUCUCGCACCCCCUUAGCGGGAGAAGCAAAGAAGAAAACAGACUGUGACGUGUUGGGCGCUUUUACAAUUCCCUGUUUACAUGACUGUCUUCACAAAUCUACAAAUUGGGAAAUGACCAUCUUAUGGGUGCAUUCUGGCUUUGAGUGUCGUCAGCAACAGCCUGUAUCCGUGCCUGUCUGGGAGUUGAGGGUUUGUGGCCAGCGGCAGGUGCAUGGCUGA